AUGCAUAGAGCAGAUACUGAAAGAAAACUCUCCAUUGUGACCCUUCGUAAUGAAGGCAGGAGGCAAUCGCUAGUGCUAGAUGAAGAUUUUCCACUAGCUUCUUCGUCUUCUGAUACUUCUUCAUCCGUAGAGGAGGAUACGGGAACUGGCCAUGAAUCCGCUCAGCUGCUUGAUCUAGACAAGCUAAGUGAAUUAAAAGAAUCCACUGCUAAUGAUGGAAGUAUAGAAAAGAGGCGCCAGGUUUCCAAGCACACUUCACUGAGACUGCAAAGUAGCAUUGACUUGAGUCAUGUAAAAGUGUCCCAAACAAUCAAAGAAAUUGACAGAAUGAAUAGUGGGAUUAGACUUAGAAAGAAAAGAGGUACCAGAACAGGAAAGAAAGGUCUGCCAGGAGCAGAACCUGCCGCUGAUUUCGAUGUACAAGAUCAGGUUGAAGAAAUGCUUAGAUCCAAAUUUUCAGAUAUCGAGUUCUAUACAACUUCUACAACUAUUUUUGAUGCUGAAUACUUUAAGAACUCUGAAUUCUUUGGCCUUUACAUAUUAUUCUGGUUGGGGACUGGUUUCUUGAUGCUUUCCAAUUUAGUGCAGAGUUAUUUCGAAUCUAACUUACCAUUUUAUGAGAGACCUGUUGCCAAGACGUUAGGGAAAGAUGUGCUCAAGAUUGGGGUCACUGAUUUGGGAAUGUACUUGACAUCAUACGGUGUGUACAUUAUUCAAUGGGCAUGCUUGAAGGAGUACUUGCAAUGGAAUUCCCUGGGUAAAGUUAUUCAUGUUUUGUUCGAGUUCGGUCACUUCCUCCUGUGGCUCAAAUAUGCUGAAUAUGCGGAAUUCCAUUGGAUUGGCAAAGUGUUUUUAUGCCUCCAUGGGAUUGUAUUUCUUAUGAAAAUGCACUCUUAUGGAUUCUACAAUGGUUAUUUAUGGAAUAUCUUGGAUGAAUUGGUGUUUAGUGAGAGUUACCUCGAAAGGUUAGAGGCUAACGACGGCAGUACUACAUUGCCUCCUGGCUAUGAAAUUGAAAGUGUCAAGAAAACUUUACGGCACAGUAUUAUCUUCUGUAAAUUUGAGUUGGAAUUUCAAAGUAAGCCAUCUGUUUUAGCAGAUAAUAGUGGCCCAGGUUCUUAUACUCCAAGUGUAUUGGAGAAUAUGGACAGAGAGGACUUGAAGGUUAAUGUCGAAUUCCCAAGCAAUAUAACCCUUUUCAACUUCUUUGAGUUUUCUAACUACCCUGUCGUUGUGUACACGUUACAUUUUACAAGAACUAAAAAGAUCAGAUGGGCAUAUGUUGCAGAGAAGGUGAUUGGAAUCUUUGGUAUCAUAUUUUUAAUGCUCUUAGUCGCAGACAACAUGAUGUACCCUCUCGUUUUGAGGGCCAUUAAGGCUAGAGAGGAGCUACCAGUUCCUGAGAGAAUCGUCCAAUAUUGUUUUAUACUUUUGGAUAUGAUGCCACCAUUUCUCAUGGAGUAUUUAUUCACAUUUUUCUUGAUUUGGGAUUCCAUCUUGAAUGCAAUUGCAGAGUUGAGCAGAUUUGCCGAUAGAGAUUUCUACGGUCCCUGGUGGUCUUGUACUGAUUGGGCAGAGUUUGCAAGAAUCUGGAAUAGGCCAGUGCAUAAAUUCCUCUUGAGACACGUAUAUCACUCCUCGUUAAGUACAUUGAAUCUCAACAAGGGGCAAUCUUCGCUUUUCACAUUUAUAAUAUCCAGUGUAGUUCAUGAGUUGGUGAUGUAUGUGAUUUUCAGAAGAUUACGUGGAUACUUAUUAUUGCUACAAAUGUCUCAAUUACCCUUAAUAAUGAUAGGAAAUACAAAAUUCAUGAAGGGUAAAAAGGUCUUAGGUAAUGUAAUUUGCUGGGUUGGAUUUAUAUCUGGUCCGUCGUUAAUUUGUACGGCAUACUUGAUGUUUUAG